GAGUGAGGUAUGUGCUUUGUGACGACUUCUGGGGAUUAGGCUGUCCUUGUUUUUUGUUUUCAUACUUCUUCUUUGGCGAGCUUGACGUUGCGCUUACUCUUGUCUUGGUAGUGGCAUCCCUGCUGCGAUCGUAUGCCUCCUGCUGCUCUAAUAGGUAUCUGAUACAGAGGUUUCCGGCGAUGGAACCAGUGUUGUCUCAUUGCACGCUGUUCCUCACCGCAGCAGUACCAUCGGGGACCGUUCUUUUCAGUUUCCCUACCCGGAAAACACCCAAACUGCUAGUGUUCUCCCCGCCCUCCCGGAAUUCAUCUGGUACAAUUGUCGGUCCUGUGAUUGGAGCAGGCUAUUCUCCUCACACUCCGAGUCUUUGGUAUUUCUACGACGGCGAGCUGCCGCAAAACCGUCAGCACCUGUGUUUCACAUGUCAUGAGAUCCACGGGUGAAAGGUAUGACGGCGGCACAUCCCGCAGAUGAGCCAACGAAGAUCGGGUGCGUCAUUCUGACUCGAGCGCGUUUGUCCCAUCACAACAACAAGCAUGGCAUAGAACGCGAGCAGCGCCAAUCUGCAUUCGCCGUAUCGGACGCGUAUGGGGGACCUUGUGAAGGGGCACAUCACGAUCCUUAUAAUCCGGAUGGAGGAGCGUCAUCCAUAUGAGUAAAACGCGGCUUGCUCACACAGCAUCGAGCUGUACAACCACGUGCAAAUGAUGCGGGACAUCCGAAUGAUCAAGUGGCAAAGCACCAUAGUCCGUGGAGAAGCAACUGCGGCAAGUCAAAGGAGACGAUCAUCGAUCCGUCGCUAACCCCAAGAACAAUUCAUCUUAUCUGACGCUGUGCGUUAGCGCCGGGAUCGUAAAGCCACUGUGGGGCGUUGACGACCUUAAGACUGGAGACCUCAUCUUGAACGGCGAAGCGUAAUGACGCGGGCAGAAUCCAAAC